UGCUGCGGCUUUGGCAAGGACUUCCGUAAGGGCCUCCUCAAGAAGGGUGCGUGCUACGGGGACGACGCGUGCUUCGUGGCCCGGCACCGUUCAGCGGACGUACUUGGGGUUGCAGAUGGUGUAGGAGGAUGGAGAGACUAUGGAGUUGAUCCGUCUCAGUUCUCAGGGACUUUAAUGCGGACAUGUGAACGGUUAGUAAAAGAAGGACGGUUUGUCCCGAGUAAUCCCAUUGGAAUCCUCACCACAAGCUACUGUGAGUUGCUGCAAAAUAAAGUACCUUUACUUGGUAGCAGUACUGCCUGCAUCGUGGUGCUGGACAGAACUAGCCACCGAUUACACACAGCAAACCUGGGUGAUUCAGGCUUUCUGGUUGUCAGGGGUGGCGAAGUUGUGCACCGAUCAGAUGAGCAGCAGCAUUACUUCAACACUCCAUUCCAGCUCUCAAUUGCACCACCAGAAGCCGAAGGAGUCGUCUUGAGUGACAGCCCGGAUGCUGCUGAUAGCACAUCUUUUGAUGUCCAGUUAGGAGAUAUUAUCCUGACAGCGACAGAUGGACUCUUUGACAACAUGCCUGAUUAUAUGAUCCUGCAGGAGCUAAAAAAGUUAAAGAAUUCAAAUUAUGAGAGUAUACAACAGACGGCAAGAAGCAUUGCUGAGCAAGCUCAUGAGCUGGCCUAUGACCCAAAUUAUAUGUCACCUUUUGCACAGUUUGCAUGUGACAACGGACUGAAUGUGAGAGGUGGAAAGCCAGAUGACAUCACCGUCCUUCUUUCCAUAGUGGCUGAGUAUACAGACUGACACACCUAGGUGUCAAUUCCUGCCUUUCCUUCCAUCAUCCCAAAUUUUCCCCAGCCGUGUGUACUGAUCCUGCUGGCAGGACCACGUUUCUUUGCCACUGAUCUCAAUGGCCAGUGAUGUAAGCCUUUUUGCCUGUCUUUUUGAGACCCCAUUGAGAUCUUUGUUAAGAACCACUACUGUCAUUCACUAGCUCAUAUCUGCCAGCAACUUUGAAGAGAAUCAAGAUUUGAAGAUUGGCCUUCACUUCUCAUUGUCCUUUCCAUGAUGGGAUGGGAGGUUUUCAAAGCUAAAAUGGCUAUUACUUUUCAAAAAUGCUUGAAGUAUUGAAGAAAAUGAGUAAUGUUGGUAAAGUGAAUUCAAAAUUACAGUGUGUAAAAGUCUAACACAAAUUCUAUGUUAUGGUACAUCUCCUAGAAACAUAUAUUCAUCAACAGAAAUGUAGAAAUGUUACACGUGUACUAUACAGUCUUUGUUAUGAUGAUUGGGUGUGGCUUUGUGUUUUCAUUAUAAACUCCUAUUUUUCAGGGGCUUAUAAUUCUGCUCUAAAACAUUGCUCUGAAUUAUGAAAUCUUGA